AUUUAACAGUGUUUGUGUCACAUUGAACAACAUUGCAACACAAACGUUACUAUUAUACUCGCCAUCAUUUACCUCACAAAACAUUCAGUGUUCAGAUAAUCAUUCAAGAAAACUGUUUUAAUUUUCUUCAAGAUUCUUCAAGCAAAGGCAAGAUCAUGUUUCUUUCUAAAGUCAGUGUGAUUUGAUCAUUAUAAAUGAGGAUGAUGACCAGCCGUGUUUCUCUCUAGAUGACAGAGCUUGUUGUGGCUCUGCUCUCUGUUCUCAUGGGGUUUACUGAGUCUGUUUCUGAUGGAUUCAAGCCCAUUGACUGUUCUGAUGUCUAUAAAUAUGGACAAACAGUCAGUGGGAUUUACUCCAUCUAUCCAGCAGGAGACAUUCCUGUCUGGGUUUACUGUGAGAUGAUCUCCGGUGGGAAAGAUGAAGACAACGGAGCAUGGACGGUGUUUCAGAGGAGAAUGGACGGCACUGUGAAUUUUUAUCGACCGUGGAAUCAGUACAAGAGAGGAUUUGGGAAUGUGGAGGGAGAAUACUGGCUGGGGCUGGAGAACAUGUACCAGCUGACACGUAGGAACAAGUACAUGCUGAGAGUGGAUCUGGAGGACUUCACCGGGAGGAAAGGUUUCGCUCUGUACUCGUCCUUUUCUGUGGAUUCUGAAGCUGAUGGAUACAAACUACAAGUUUCAGGGUUCAAAGAUGGAGGAGCAGGUGACUCUUUGUCCUACCAUAAUGGACAGAAGUUCACCACCUUUGACAAGGACCAAGAUUCAUACGGCACUAACUGUGCCAAAGUGUAUCUCGGGGCAUUUUGGUACAAUGGCUGUCACACUGCAAACCCCAACGGUGUGUAUUUAUGGGGAGAAGAUCCCACCAUUUUUGCCAUUGGAAAUGUGUGGUACAGCUGGAAGAGCAAUUUUGCUGUUGGCAUGAAAUUCAUUAGCAUGAAGAUCAGACGUGUGUCAUAGAAACAUCAGUGUUUUCAGGAGCAAACAUCCAAUAUUGUUUUCACUAUAUUACAAAUGUGAAGGUUUAACAUUUUAUUUUCCUCAGUCUAAACAAAGCAACUGUUAUCUUCUUCUGGUCUGUUAUCUGGUCUUUUGAUUAACUGGUGUGUUAAUGAACUUCCAAUAAACUCUCCUGCAUUGUAA